CUCCAAAGCAAGCGAGCGGCUCGCAUCCUCAACCCACGGCCGCAUUUCCGGCUGCUCCAUGAGCGCCACCACCUUGCAACCGACUCCGUCGAUGCGGUGACACCAUGGCAAUGGCCAGUCCCUCGCCGCACAAAGCCCGGCGCAAGCCCAAGAAGCCCGGCAAUGGCGCCGACGCAAUCGCGCGAACGCGCUCCGAGGCGCUCGUCCGGACGCCCACCUUUCCCCUGUCUGCGUUCCUCUGGCCCGCGCGCAGCUCUUCGUCGCAGUGGGAGGUGCUCCCGCUCAUCCUCAUGGUCGUCGGGCUCUUCCGCUGGGCUGCCGGUCUCUGGGGCUACUCUGGCUUCCAACGGCCACCCAUGUUUGGCGACUACGAAGCACAGCGGCACUGGAUGGAGAUCACGACGCACCUCCCGAUUUCGCAAUGGUACUUUCACGACCUGCAAUGGUGGGGUCUUGACUACCCGCCGCUCACGGCCUAUCAUAGCUGGGUCAUGGGCAAGAUUGGCGCCCUCAUCGACCCGGUUUGGUUCGCCUUGUUCACCUCCCGCGGCUCCGACGACCCGACAUUGAAGAUAUUCAUGAGGGCAACGGUCAUCGUGUCCGAAUAUCUCACCUAUAUCCCGGCCGUCGUCGUCUUUGUGCGGCGUUAUAGCCGACUCAACGGCGUCGCUUCUUGGACGAGCUCUGUGGCAUUGGUCGCGAUCCUCAUGCAGCCAUCAACGAUUCUCAUCGACCACGUCCACUUUCAAUACAACACAGUCAUGCUAGGCCUCGUCCUUGCGAGCAUGUCCAGCUUGCUUGCCGACCGGUACCUGUGGGCGGCAGUCUUCUUUGUCGCGGCCCUAGGCUUCAAGCAGAUGGCCUUGUACUACGCCUUCAGCGUCUUCGCCUACCUCUUGGGCAAGUGCGUCUUUCCCACCAUCAACAUUACCAGACUACUCGCCAUUGCUCUCGUCACACUCAUCUCGUUCGCCGUCUUGGUGCUUCCACUAGUCUUGGGAACCUUGUAUGAUAGGCAUCGGGGCCUCGACCCGCGACCGGAUCUGGACGGCCCUCCGCCACCCCUGCCUCUGUUUCCUUUCCUGAAUCAGUAUUUUGAUACCCAUACCCAUACCGUUUACUACGCAGUUGUUCAGCAGAUGGUGCAGAUGGUGCACAGGAUAUUUCCCUUUUCGAGGGGCUUGUUCGAAGACAAAGUGGCCAACUUUUGGUGCGCGGCCAAUGUUGCCUUCAAGCUUCGCAAUCUCCCUCCUGCGCUUCUGCAAAGGGCAGCGCUCGGAGCGACACUCGCCGCCAUCAUCCCGCCCAAUGUCGUCUUGUUCUUGCGACCGCGGAAAACAACGAUGCCUCUCGCUUUUGCGGCAACAGCCUGGGGCUUCUUCUUGUUCAGCUACCAGGUUCACGAGAAGAGCGUUCUUUUGCCCUUGAUGCCGAUGACUCUGUUGCUCGCCGGGAAGCAAGGCAUGAACGGAAAUACUCGGUCCUGGGUCGGUUUUGCGAACCUGCUAGGUGCCUGGACAAUGUUUCCGCUGCUGCGCCGCGUGGACCUCCGGGUUCCCUACGCGGUCUUGUCGCUGCUAUGGGCAUAUCUCUUGGGGCUUCCUCCAACGUCGUGGAGUGCGCCUUUCGAGGUUCAGGACGGUCGUUCCAAGCGCAUGCAGUGGGCGACGGCCUUGCUCCAUGGGGCCUUUUACAUCACCAUGGGCGUUUGGCAUGCCGUUGAUGCAUUCGUCAAACCACCGGCGGGGAAGCCUGAUCUGUGGGUGGUGGCAAACGUCGGAGUCGGCGCAGCUGGCUUUGCGCUAUGCUAUUUGUGGUGCCUCUGGAGGCUUCUGAUGGAGAGCGGUCUGCUGCCUUCAGGCACAACAUCCAAGUCGAAAAUGCAAUAAGCUGGUACGAUAAUCGUGGAAGUUGAGGUAGACGGAGACUAGACGUGGAUGAUCAAAGUCCACCAGCGACACAAUAGAUACGGCAGCUCAACUGAGUGCCAGUUCACACGAAUGCAUCACUCUUUGAGAGCACUCCGUCGGGCGUCUCUGUCCAUGUCGACCCCCCGGGCUUUGAGGUGACCGGGGUUGGAUGCGGAUCUCACGUCAUUAAUUAGAGGUCGGACUGAAAGC